AGAGAGAGAGAGAGGGAGCUGCAAAAUCAGAGGAAGAAGUGGAGCAAGUAAUAGCGAAGUAAGCAAAAAGCAGAGAAAUUGGAGCCGAAGAUGGCAUUGCAGUGGAUGAUACUGACGUACGUAGUGGCGGCAGAGGCGGCGUUGGCGUUCCUGCUAACCAUUCCGGCGCCCAAGCCGUUGAAGAAUCGAUUCGUGUCGCUGGUCUCUCUAAUCCUCCAACCCGCCCUCUUCAUCGUCCCCUUCGCCGGAUUUCAGCUGCUGGAUAUAUAUUGGAAGAAUGAGCACCGCUUGGCCUGCACCUCUGAGACUUGCACCGCCUCUGACCGUGACCGCUAUGAGAAAUCCCUGUACAAGGCUCAAAGGAAUGUAAUUCUUUGUGCUUCAGCAUGUCUGCUUUACUGGUGUCUCUUUCGCAUCUGUAAAUAUUACAAGGACAUUCAGAACUUGGAGGAAGUGGAGAAGAGGUACAAGGACGAAUAGGUUUUCCGACGUAGGCUCUUCUUUGGGAGCGGAAACAACCGAGUUAAUACUUUUUCAUCAUAAAUGAGAAACUGAUGCUACUGUUUGUAAUACUGUAGUGUCUUGAAUUUGUGUGCGUAAUUUGUAGCCAUCUAGUAUGUUGUUGUUGUUGGCACAUUGUUCGUGUAGCUGAAGUACACUUUGUUUUCUACUAUAUAUGAAAACUACGGCGUUGAUCGCUGUUGAGUA